AUGUUCCUUAUGAAUGCUUCUCCUUUGGUAGCUCUUCAGACAAAAUGGGAGUCCUUUGGACCAGCAGGGAAUUGUAGAUAUCCCCUGUGCUUCUCUGAAUCUGAAGAGGACGUCACUAGAACUUCUGUCAGCGCAAAAGUUCAGAUGAUCAUAAACAACCUGCAAAGUCAAGAGUCUCCCCUGGGUAUGAACAAUGAGUAUGAUUGUAUUAUGCAGAAGAAACAGAAGGGAGAAAAGGGCACUGGGAACCAAGUCACAUCGAGCACCACGUUGCUACAGAAGCAUCCUCAAUGUACCAAGUGUGGAUGCCCCGCUGAUUCGGAUGACACUGAAGUGGAAGAAAACGUGGGGUUCGGGACUCUCUUACUCGAUUCUGAUAGUGAUGAUUCUGUUGACCGAGGUAUAGAGGAAGCCAUUCAAGAGUACUUGAAAGCAAAAAGCAAAAGUGACCAGUCGUUGCAAAGGAACGCGGAGUGUUCUGAGAAUGCAACCAGAGACAAAAGGUUUAAGAGGGAAUUGUCCCAGGACAAAAUGUCUAGUAACCUUCUCCCUGUGAAAUUUAAGGCUGAGAUGCUGUCUGAAGAGUAUCUGUCUGACCGCUUGGGAAUUGGGAAAAGGCGACAGCCUGCUUCCCCUCAGAGCAUCAGCAGCGACGACUCUUUCGACCAGAGCAUACAAGCUGAAAUAGUGCAGUUCUUGAAUGAGAAGAAGCAGCAAGAAAUUACUAAGUGUGUGAUUGGGGAGGAUAAAAAAGAUUCCCGUGUGAGAUCUGUCCUAAAGUGCAACAAGGAAACGGCAAACAAAACAAACUGUGGUGCUGUAAAGCAAGACUGCAACACGCUUCUCUUGAGACACCAUCCCAAGCUCCAGAAAACCAGCACUCAGUCCAAGUGUUUGCAGCCUAAAAUCCAAGAAGAGCGUGGUGAUUUCUGCCAGGUGAACCAAGCGUAUCUAGAAAUGGCCACUGCCAGCCAGCCCUGGUUAGUGGAGCAAAAUGAAGAAAGUGGAGCUAAUUACUGGGAGACAAGGAGAGCGCUUGUCAACGAGAGCGUGCACGCGUCUGAUUCAAGUAGUGAUGAUGGCAUUGAAGAAGCCAUUCAGCUUUAUCAGCUGGAGAAAAUCAGGAGAGAGGCGAGUCGUGCAACUGACUGUGCCCCUUUGCAGAGGGAACAAUUUGAUACAAAGGGACUGGCGGACAUUUCCGCAAGCCUGACAAUUAGCUCAGCAAAAAGUGCCUCACCAGAAAUCCGUAAAAGCCCUAUAAGCAUCAAGAGAAAAGAAAUUAAUUCAAAGUCAACAGACUUAGAAAGCACAAGCAAUGAGUUUAACAAGCUGUUUAAACCACUGAAAAAAGCCAGGCAUUUUGCACCUCCGGAAAACAAGAUUGCUGCUUGUGAGCUCACGUUGCAGGCGUCUUGCAGAGCGGACACAUCUGCAGAACUCAUGUGUGCAGAAGCUAUUCUUGAUAUUUCCAAAACCAUCAUGCCAUCCCAAAUGGGAAGUGACAACAAAUCACUCGCUACAGACCCCUUCUUUUCUCCCCAGCUUCUUGCAUCCUCGCGUUGUGAAAGCGACAGCAGCCUUGUGGACAGCGAUGAUAGCAUAGAGCAAGAAAUCAGGGCUUUUUUAGCUCUGAAAGCACAGUCGGAAAACCUUGCGGCGAAGCCUCCCAGCCUGUCACACUCAGUCCAGAUGCCUUUGCCUUCUGAUCAAAACAGCCUGACCGGUACCCUUGAGCCUUCUCUACCCAAAACACUGAAGCUAUCGCUGAGUCGUAAAAGGAGGCUUAAAACAGAAAGCAGGAUAGCAAAACAAGGUGCAUCAAAAACACCUGAACAGCUGGAGACGGGACUUUUCCAGCCAGGUAACUGUUCCAGAGUUCCUGUGCUCCAAGAGGAGCGUGCCCUGAGCAGCACUGCAGAACUCGGUGAUGCUCAGAGGCUCAGUAGUAAAGAGACCCAGCAGGAGCAGCUGAUGUCUUCCAAAUUAUCUGGAUCUGAUGGCAGAUGCAUGGCCUUGGACUCUGUAAACCCUUUUAUGCAGGUUCAGAGUAGCACGAGAAAGCUUGUGAAAAAUACCAGCCAAACUCCAGAGAGGGAUGGUUCAGGUGAUGAGAGCAGUUCUCUGGAUAGCGAUGAGGACCUUGAUAGUGCUAUCAAGGACCUUUUACGGUCUAAAAGAAAAUUAAAGAAGAAGUCCAAGGACCAGAAAUCUCAGUGCAAGAAGAGAGUCAGAUUUAGCGAGGCAGAAACUCAGCUGCUGGAUGAGUUUAGUAGCUUCCAACAAAACGAGUGGAAAUGUAAAAAUCCUGUGCUACUGAAAAGCUGCCUCACAAAACCUAGGAAAGCCGUGAAAGAUAACACAAUCAGAAAUCCUCCAGACGACAUAAAUGUCAAACUUAGCAGUGAAAAAGCAGAAACCAUGAAAAACUUGGAUUUUAACUUACAGUUUAAAAAAGGAUGUAGACCUAAACCAGUCUCAAACCAGAAUAAUCUGCGGGCAGCUAAAAAUAAAAGAUGUACUUUCACGGCUGCGUCAGACGCUGAUGACAGCAGUUCAGUGGACAGCGAUGACAGCAUCGAACAAGAAAUUCGGAAGUUUUUGGCAGAAAAGGCUAAAGACACUGCAAGCAAUUCGGAGAUACAAAAGGAUGACACAACUCUGGACCUAUUGAGAGUGACCAAACAAACUGCUAAUAAAGGAAAAGCCAAGCAACAGCCGGUUGAAAACGAGAUUGACCUUGCACCGGGUCGGAGUAAAAAGACUGAGGUGCCUCAGCAAACUGAGGAGUUGAAGGACUCUCAGAGAACGGAAGAGAAAAGUGCAAUGUUACAGGGCGGCGGGAAAUCUGCUGCCUCUGCAGAGAAUGUUGAUCUUCAUAAUACUGGUCAGCCAAAAGCUAAGCAGGGAGUGGUGGGGGUUAAAAGUGUUGCUGGGGGGGAGUUAUGUGGAAACCCAACAGGUAAAAAGGAUGUCCCUAAUGCAGAGCCUGUGCAGAAAACGCUUCCGCCUAAAACGAGUAAAAAUGAAGGCUGCAAGGUACGGAAAGUAAUGAGUGCGAAGUCUAGAUCGAAAAGAAAGAACACCUUUCACCUAAAAAUUUCGAGUAAAUUUAUUGCAGGUCUAAAAUACGCCCGAGACAGGAAGAAAUCCAUGCUGUUGAACAAAAGGCAGAAAGCAGAGCUUUUACUAGCCCAGAGCAGUGCAUUAGGAACAGAGGCAGCUUCCCAAGGAAGAGGAGCCCCCUUGCCCAGGGGUGAAUUUAGUGGGGAGAGCGCGACAGCCCUAAAAGAAUCCAGUUCUCAGAAGCUCACUGUGGAAGCGUCGAGUCCCCGUGUAGCAGAAACCUCUGAGAGACUGGAGGCUCCUCCUUUGCGUAUCAAAGAGGAAGCAGAGGGUUGCAGAAAGGCAAAUGCUUCAGGAGACCCCUCGGAUUCCCGCCCGAGUCUCCCCUCGCAGGAGCGGAGCGCGGCAUCGGUAAACGCAGAUAAGAUUUGCAGAGGGACAUCCGAAGCUGAGAACACGCAGGUGUGGAUCGAGGAAGGAGAUAUCCCCAAAGACAGCUGGGCCCAUUCGAAUUUAGAUGCUCCCCGCCCUGACCGCAGUCUGGCAGUGGUAAAAGCAGAUAAAGUGAGCAGGGAUGCAGCUCAGCAGAGCGUACGUGGGUGCAGCGAGGGAGAGGAUAACCAGCAGGACGGGAAGCCAGAUUCGAGUUCAGGUUGCCCACUGCAGGAGCUAAAUGUAACAGCAGCAACAGUGGGCAAAACUGAUGGAGGAGCGAGCACAGGUAACAGCGUGCAGGUGUGCAUCAAGAGGGAAAAAGUUACGUGCCAGGACAGUGACAGGCAGGAAGAAAUUCAGGUAUCCAGCUCCAGGUUGGAAGGAAAAAUACCUGUCCUGCAGAAUAGGGAAACUGCUUGCAAAGUGAACCAAGGGCAGGGAGUUUUAGACAAAACCUGUGCAAAAUUUACUGACAUACCUGCAGGGGAUUGCCCAGAUUUCCUCUUGAAAAGCAAGGUUUCAAAUAUGUAA